GUGACAUUAGCGGUUAUACGAAUUAAGCCGAUUGACGCUAUUAAUUCGCUCUCGUUUAUAAAAAGAGAAGACGGCUUCGGAACGGUAUGCUGACCCUGGCCUAUUUGUCCCGCGGACUUAGUUUAGAGACUAAGAAAAAACAUCAGCUCUGGGUAGUUGACCAUACGAUGAUCCCUGGCUGAGCCACAUGCUAAAUUCGACGCGGAUUAAGUUCUAUUAUUGUUAUCCCGUUGUAGAUCCAACUGUGGAUUCACCCGACCAAACUCCGCAACGACUCAGUCACCUACCCAUGAAAUCGGAAUCCUUCGCAUAGGGCUUAGCUGAUUCGUGUCUGAUGAGCACUGACCUUUAGACGUUGCCGGGUAUUUAUACCCUCAAUGGACGUGGCGGUUGUCUGCAGGCAUUUGGAGCUACGAACAUACCUCUUCUUAUUUUCUAUCUAAAUGGCAAAAUCUCCUCGAGUUAUCGUGGCCGGUGGCGGUCCAGUCGGCCUGUAUACGGCUCAUGCCCUUGCAAAGGCAAACAUCGAUUAUGUCCUCCUCGAACAACAGCCCGAGAUCGUCAGGUACAAGGGUGCCGGGAUCGUCUUACUCCCACAAACAGCGAGACUUUGCGAUCAACUUGGGAUAUUGAAACAAAUGCAAGAACCAGCAACUAGGCUUCAUAGCAAGACCAACUCAUUAUAUAAUGGACAGCAACUUGUUGACUUUCGUUUGUUUGAGCCGAUGGAAGAGGAUCAUGGAUACCCAACCCUUGGGCUUUCACGUAGCGAGAUGAUCGAGAUUCUGUACAAAACCUUGCCCGAGCGCGAGACCCGGGUAAAAACCAAUGCACGUGUCAUCGAAAUCGAAUCCAACGCCAACGGAGUACGGGUUUACCUCGCAGACGGUAGCGUCGAAGAAGGAAGUCUCGUUAUUGGUGUUGAUGGCGCCCAUAGUCGGACACGGGAUAUAAUGGAUAGGCUCAUCCGCGAAUCAACCGAAGGUGUCGCAAACCGAGAACCAUAUCCUAUGGUCACGUACUUCAAGGCCAUCUUCGGGCGCGCUCCGGUUCCCAAAGGGGUCGACAUAGGCCGUUUCUACGAAGCUCAUGGCAAUGGCGUGGCGUCACAGACAGUUCCUGGCAAGAAAUACGCCUAUUUCUCCAUAUUGAGAAAACUACCUACACCGACGACCGCGCGACAUAGAUACAGCGAGAAGGAAUUAGAAGAGGAAGUUAAAAGCUUCGCUGAUCUGCAUCUCUUCCCGAAUAUCACGUUCGGAGAGAUCUGGAAGACCGUUAAGCGCGACGAGGUCUCCCUGGUUCACCUAGAGGAAGGGAUUAUCGACAAGUGGCAUCACGGACGCAUCGUCUUGCUGGGCGACUCAGUCCACAAGAUGACUCCGAUCAGCGGCAUGGGUGUCAACACCGGAAUGCAAUCCGCCGCUGUACUCGUCAACCAACUGCAGAACAUGAUAAGUUCAGGCUCCGAAUUUACCACCGAGGCGCUGAACGAGGCAUUCGAAUCGUACCAGAAGAUCCAGGAGCCGGUGUGUCGGAUGACGGUUAUGCAAGGGGAGAUGAUGACCCGGAUGGUCACAUGGAAUACCUGGACGGCUUGGCUAUUCGACAGAUUUAUCGUCCCAUGGAUGGAUCUGGAGGGCCAGGUGAAGAAGCAAUUCAGCCCCAUCAUAAGUAACACCUUCGUCUUGGAUUAUGUUCCCUUCGAGGGCAAGGCCGGGCAAGUUCCCUGGGUCAAUGGCCCUAAAGUUAAAGUAUAAUGGUAAUGCGAUUAGUUAAUUGUAAAUAGGUAGCACACUACAUAAAAUCCCAUCUUAGUAUAGAAUAAUAUCAGCAAUCUACUUCUAGUUUGAGAUCCCUUGCGUACGUGAUCGUAUUUGAGGGGCUAUUAAGAUCCACUACAAGUACGAUGUAGGUGUUCAUGAAUGAAGAUUAUUAAAGGUGUUGGUCUUAAAGUCGUUGG